AUGGCAGGCGCUGCAGGUCUUGGAUUCCACCCUCACUUUGCCGGUUUCUGGCACCGAUUCGCUGGCAAGACUCUUGGUGCUACCAUGUGGUUCUGGAUGAUGUACCGUGCUAAGCAAGAUGGCCCCGUCUUGUUGGGCUUGCAACACCCCUGGGACCACCACGGCGACCAUCACGACGAGGAGCAUUAA